GCGGCUAUUGAGGAUUCCCACUUUUUCUGUACAAAACUAGUUAAUUAUAGCGAACGAUUUGAUGUCUCACAUUAUCUCAUAUGAUACGAAUGAAAACUGAUAUCACGAGUUUUCUGAUACAUUGCUCUUCUUGUUGCGAACAUGAAAGCGAACGUAGCCUGAAACACGACAGCGCGAGCGCACGACCUACAUCCCAUAAUAGUUCAUUCGCCAUUUGUUCUGUUGUCUCCUUCUUCUACGUAGCAAAUAGUACUGUCAGAGGACAGCACAUCGAUAUUAUUAGUAUUGGCUUAUAUUAGGCACAACACAUUUCUUGAAUGAUAUUUACAGAUGUUUUGACCUACUUAGAAUUCAAAAUUUCAAUUAGACUCUGUCUGAUAUGUGUGCGGAUGAAUAUAACUGCUAGAAUUCAGUUAUAGCUUCGCCGUGGGUACUAGUACUACUACUUAGCAACUUAUUACUAAUACUAAUAUUAGUAUUACUAUUAAGUUCUUCUCGAGGGCAAAGUGGAUUACACUAGGGGUAUUGGCUGUAAUUAGGAAAUAAAUGUUAAUUCUGAAACAUUCCUUGUUUGUUUGAGAUUGUAUUACUUAAGCUUUGUGAGUGUUUCUAAACUGCUGUUUGUUGCAUUUUGAGUGAAACAUGGGAAAUGCUGCCACCACAAAGAAGGGAGAUGGCAAUGAAAAUGUUGAGCAGUUCCUGGAGGAAGCUAAAGAACAGUUUGAAAAGAAGUGGAAUAAUCCAUCCAAGAACACUGCAGGUCUGGAUGACUUCGAUAGAUUAAAAACUUUAGGUACAGGUUCAUUUGGAAGAGUUAUGCUUGUCCAACAUAAAUCAAACAAAGAGUAUUAUGCUAUGAAAAUACUUGACAAACAAAAGGUUGUUAAAUUAAAACAAGUUGAACACACACUGAAUGAGAAAAGAAUCCUUCAAGCUGUUGAAUUUCCAUUCCUGGUCAGGUUGGACUAUCAUUUCAAGGACAAUUCCAAUUUGUACAUGGUUCUAGAAUAUGUAGUGGGUGGUGAGAUGUUUUCACACCUAAGAAAAAGUGGACGAUUUAGUGAGGCUCAUGCAAGAUUCUAUGCUGCACAGAUAGUGCUUGCUUUUCAGUACCUCCAUUCAUUAGACCUUAUAUAUCGGGACUUGAAGCCAGAAAAUAUACUCAUAGACCAACAAGGAUAUAUAAAGGUGACAGAUUUUGGGUUUGCAAAGAGAGUGAAAGGCAGGACAUGGACACUGUGUGGAACUCCUGAGUACCUGGCACCUGAGAUCAUACUUAGUAAGGGUUAUAACAAAGCAGUGGAUUGGUGGGCAUUGGGUGUUCUCAUCUAUGAAAUGGCAGCUGGCUACCCACCCUUCUUUGCAGAUCAGCCUAUACAGAUAUAUGAGAAAAUUGUUUCAGGAAAGGUUCGUUAUCCCUCACAUUUCACUUCAGAUUUGAAGGAUUUAUUGAGGAGUCUACUUCAAGUGGAUCUCACCAAGCGGUAUGGAAACCUAAAAAAUGGUGUUAAUGAUAUCAAAAAUCAAAAAUGGUUUGCUUCAGCAGACUGGAUAGCUAUUUAUCAGAAGAAGGUGGAAGCACCUUUUCUACCUAAGUGCAAAGGACCAGGAGACACAAGUAAUUUUGAUGACUAUGAAGAAGAAGCUUUGCACAUAUCAUCUACUGAAAAGUGUGCCAAGGAGUUUGCUGAUUUUUAAUGUUUACUGCAGGUAAUUCUUGUUGUGGCUAAUAUGGCAAGCUGUGGCAUUCUCUUGUAGAAGAGAGCACAGACUUAGUUUGCUAGUUCAGGGGUGAUCCAAGGAACAGAAUUGCUGAGUUUUAUGAAAUUCAGCCUGAGUGUGACUGAGUAACACAAGCACAGCUUUAAGUGGAAAUAAAGUGAGCUUGAACAUUGCAUAGAAUAUGUGUGUGUUUAGUUUGUGCUUGGUUAAAAAUAGCUUUCCUUUGCCUAGCUUGUUUAUGAAUACCGUUGCACAUUUGUGCAUUCUUUUUCUUUGAAUCCAAGAAAGUGGCUAAACAUUUCUCCGGUAUCCUAGUUGUUCAUAAACAUCACUGAAGUUCAUUAUUUAUACUACAGAUAUCUUAAUCAUGAGGAUUAUAAAUUGGUUUUUGACCCUUCUAAUUCUUUAGAGAAUUUUAUUUUCACCUGUAAGAGCUGAUUUGUUAAGAACAAAUAUACAAGAUUGAAUAAUGUGGUUAAACAAUGGUGGUGUGUGUUUAGUAAAUAUAGUAUUUUUACUUAUUUGUGCAAAGGCUGGGCUUGUAAGACCAUGGAUCAGGUAAAUACAACGAGCCAGGAAACUUUUCAAGUCUUUAUUGCAUAUAUGGAAUUUGUCUCAUGUUUUCUAUCGUUAGGUUUAACCAUAAAGCUGAAUUAUAUAGAAAAAGUGUGCUGUCAAAUUUAAGAAUAAUUUGAACAGUUUUACAUGAAAUUUAUUUAGUAAAUAACUUAAAAAAUUAUCAUGUAUUUUCAAUUACAUUUAAGGAGGAAAUAACCAUUCAAAUCAUUGAAUACCUGUGCACUUUCCUGCUGUUAUAUCAUGGUAGUAAGUAGAAAUUGUUGAUUAUGAUAA